ACUUUUUCCCCCCUCUGUUUUCUCUCUCUAUCUUAAUACUUACUCAUAUUUAUGAUGCAAAAUACCUGAAUUUCAUUGUGUGAAUUCAAACCCCAGAUCCAUUUUUCUCGCAGUUUCUGCGAAACUCUCUUCAUUUUACAUUAAAUUUUGAGCUUCUCUACCUUUUCCGCUACUUUUGUUUGGCAAAUCUCUCUUUAAAUCACACAUCGUUCGCAAUCUCGCGAGGAAUCCCCUUCUUGGGUUACUUAAAAGUCGAGUCUUGGCUUCAGAUUGUGGUGCAUUGAUCAUUUCCUUUUCUGGGUUCUCGAUCUUAGGGAUUUUCACCUGCUAUAGCUGUGGAUUGAUAAUUCCGGGCAUAAAAAAAUCUGUGGUUUGGUGUGGUUUCGUAUUCUGCAUCAACCUCAGAAACUUCUUUGAUCUGAACUGACAGGAAAUGAGGGAUGUUCUCUUGGCUUGGAAGAUUGGUGUCCUCGUGUUUGCGCCCUUUCAGUCGAUAUGCCCGUAUGAACAGGGAUGAUGAUGGAAGCGCGGGAGGUGAUGAUGAUGGGCUUCUGUGGUCCAGAGACCUUGAGAAGCAUUCCCAUGGCGAGUUUUCUUUUGCAAUGGUCCAGGCGAACCAAGUCCUUGAGGAUCAAAGCCAGGUCGAGACAGGCCGCAGUGCCACCUUUGUGGGGGUCUAUGACGGCCAUGGUGGGUGUGAGGCCGCAAAGUACAUCUCUGAUCACUUGUUUCGUCAUUUUCUAAAACUGGCGAAAGAAACUGGAACGAUCUCCGGCGAAAUCAUCAGAAGCGCAGUAUCCGAAACAGAAAACGGUUUCCUAACUCUUGUCCGGAGAGCUUACACAAUUAGACCAGAUAUUGCAGCAAUCGGAUCAUGCUGUCUCGUCGGAGUUAUCUGGAAGGGAACACUAUAUGCUGCUAAUCUAGGCGAUUCAAGAGCCGUGAUUGGCUAUCUGGAUCGACCAAACAAAAUUGUGGCGGAGCAGCUGACCAGAGAUCACAACGCCUCUCUGGAGGAGGUGAGGAAAGAAUUGAAGAUGUCGCACCCUGAAGAUCCGCAGAUCCUAGUCCUCAGGCAAGGCGUCUGGCGCAUCAAGGGCAUUAUUCAGGUGUCGAGAUCGAUUGGGGAUGCGUAUCUAAAGAGGCCGGAGUUUGCUCUUGACCCUACGUUUCCUAGGUUUCACCUCCAGGAGCCUCUCCGUCGUCCGGUCCUAAGAGCUGAUCCAGCCAUGUUCAUCAGACUCUUACAACCCAAAGACAAAUUCAUCAUUUUUGCAUCUGAUGGUCUUUGGGAGCACUUGACCAAUCAAGAGGCUGUUGAGAUUGUCCAUAACAAUCCAAGGCUGGGUAUAGCCAGAAGGCUCAUCGUGUCAGCUUUGAUGAAGGCAGCCAAGACGAGGAAGAUCCCGUAUAAUGAGAUCAAGAAGCUUGAUCAGGGCACCAGGAGACGGAUACAUGAUGACAUCACAGUUGUUGUGCUCUUCAUUGAUCACGAGAUGAUAGAGAGGAACGAGGGUGGGCCUGAGCUGUCGAUACGAGGAUACACGGACACUGCUGGACCAUUGAAUUUUGAUUUCUAGUGAAAGUUGGAUUGCCAUCAAGAUUUGCAACACACCAAGUUUAGUGUCUUCGAGUCAUCUUCUCACUUCAAUUUCUAACAGCUGCUCUGUGAUUUGUCAUUACCAGAUUUGAUGAGACAGGAUCCAUAUACUUUGAUUUUGCAUCAAUGUUUGUAAGAAAUGUUUGAGAUAUGUGCAAAUUUUCUGUUUAAUUGGUUAA